AUGGCCGCUGCCUCAUCCAGACCCCCCAGCCCAGACGCGCCCGUUGCGGCGGCUGAUGCUGCUGCUUCCGCGUCUGUCCUCGCGUUGCUCACAUCUGUGACGGCUGUCUUUGCAGCCGCCUGGUCGGAGCAGCAGAGUGACGCAGACGACGGCGACGACAACGCGGCGACUCUGGCGCUUGCGUCUGAUCCGUCCGCGACCGGAUGCGGCAAGCGUCUUCGCGCGGACUUGGUCGCCGCGGCGGCAUUGAACGACGUGAAAGACGCUGGGGUCACCAGCGCCAUUUUGCGCUCGUGUGUCAAGAUUGGACAAGAUGUUGUGCUGCGACUUGAUCGACUGGAGAAGUCGACAGGCGAAAUGGCAGCGUGGAAUCUCAUUGAUCUAGUUGUGCUUGCCGAGCGACUCGACGCCUUGAUACAGCGUGCCCGUGAUCUCGAAGCAGCUUCCUUUCCCGCCGAGGAUCUUCGCCAGCUCGAGCGACAACUCUCUGUCCGUCUAUCGCCUCACGCUCCCCCGGGCGAUGAGUACCACAACGGCGAGCACACGUUGGACGUGGAGCGCAAGGCCAAGGAGCCGCAAGCCGAACUCAAGAAGCUGACGCAAGGCCUGCGCAAGAACAUCCACCCCGCGAACCAGCCGCGGCAGGUGUCGCCCGACAUCCUGCAGGACUUUAUCCUCGAGGGGCUCGCAUACAAGAGCAUGCACGACCGCGAGGACGAGGUCACGGAGGCGUACGCUUCGACCUUUGACUGGGUCUUUGCCGCCGACCAGCAGCAGCAGCAGCCGAGCGGCGGCGGCCGGAUCAUGAAGCACAGCCUGAAGCGCUGGCUGUCGACGACCGAGUCGGGCCCGCUCUACUGGAUCACGGGCAAGCCCGGCUCGGGCAAGUCGACCUUUAUCCGGUACCUGUUUCAGCACAAAGAGACCACUACGUGCCUGCAGGCGUGGAGCGCCGACCAGCCCUGCCUCGUCGCCGGCUUCUUCUUCUGGACCAGCGGGUCGCGCGAGCAGCGCUCCCAGACGGGCCUGCUGCGCUCGCUGCUGCACCAGUUCCUGUCUGCGCACCCAGACUACAUUGCGGCUUCGUUCCCGACGCUCUGGGCCAAGCUGCGGACGAUGCCGACAAAGGAGCGCAUCCGGCUGCGGCUCGAGUGGACCGUCGAGGAGCUGCUGCCGGCGUUUCUGUCGUUUAUCAAGGCGGCGUCGGACAAGAUGAAGAUUUGUCUCUUUAUCGACGGCAUGGACGAGUUUGAGGGUGAUCACACCAUGAUUAUCAGUCUGUUCAAGAACUUGGCUACCGGGGACGGGUCAGAGAAUGUGAAGCUGUGCCUGUCGUCCCGCCCGUGGGCCGUGUUCCAGGAUGCCUUUGAGUUUGCGGUGCCGAACCUCAAGCUUCAAGAGCUGACGUAUGGAGACAUGCAGCAAUACGUCUCUGAGAACCUGGUCCAGAGCAGCGAUAUGCGUGCCCUUUUGCAGCACGACGCAACCGAGGGUACCAAGUUUGUGGAUGCACUUAUUGAUCGCGCAGACGGCGUCUUCCUGUGGGUUCGACUGGCUGUCGAAAAAAUCUUGGAGAGGUUUGCCAGAGAUGAUGGGGUGGAAGGGCUUACUGAUCUACUGGUUACUCUACCUGGAGACUUGGAUGAGCUUUUCGAAAAGCUGCUCUUCCAGGACCAGACGGCAGAGGAGCUUGAGCAGUCUGCUUCCAUGUACAGCCUGAUGAGGGCUCGAGAGGAAGUUGCCGACUUUGUGCGCAACGACGAUGCCAACAACUUGACGGUCUGGGAGCUUGCAUUUUCUCUGGCAAAAGCCGACAAUCAGAUGAUUCUCGAUAAAGUCCCUGUGGAAGAAGCUACAGACGACUACAUCAAACAGCGUGGCGAAGCGACCAUCAACGCCAUCAAGCAGCGAUUUUCUGGCUUGCUGGAUUUCCAUAUCCGCAAGCGCGAGGGCAAUCUGCGACUUUCUCGCAGCAAACCCCCGAAGCAUGGACAUACUAUGCGAGACAAGGCCCGAAGCAGAGUCGUCUAUAUUCACCGCACUGUGCGCGACUGGCUUGUCUCAUGCCCAGGCAUUCACGACAAGCUCAUACAGCAGCUUUCCCCCGACUUUGAUCCCAACCUCCGGCUCCUGCGGUCCUAUGUUCUUCAAAUGAAGCGUCCUCUCGUCUUUAUCGAGCACCAUCGCAUGCUGGACGACUGGUGGCCCGGCAUCACCCUCGCGCUGACGCACGCGCGCCACGUCGCCAACGACCCGGAGCGCCUGCAGCGUGCCUUUGUGAACGAGCUCAAGGACACCAUCUCCUGGUGGUGGGAGGCCAAGCCGCACGACCCGUACGACCACUGGGCGCGCAACGCCUACGGCAGCUUCGAGGUGCGCAUGAAGGCGCCGCCCAUCUGGCAGCCCUUUCUGGGCCUGGCCGUCAAGUUUGGCCUGCGGGCGUACGUCGCCGAGGAGCUGGCGGCGCGGCGCCGGCGCGACGAGACGGGCGACAUCUCGGACGAGAUGCGGCGGCUGCAGGUCGAGGACGCGGUGCCGCUGCUGGCCUACGCCACCGAGCACCUGUGCUCGCGCAAGCGCACCAUAUACCCGCUGUCCGACCCGGGCCUGGUUAGGGACCUGCUCGAGAGCGCGUGCCGCAUCAACCCGGGAGCCAACCACCACUACCUGGACUUUGUGACGAGGGCCGACUUGACGCCGUGGCUGGCGGUGCUGCGCCACUUGCGGGAUGCGCGCCGGCGUCGGUGGAUCAAGCUCUACGACGUGGACGAGGAUGGUACCAAGCGAUGGGUGGAGGUGGUGCGGCUGUUUCUAGAAGUUGGUGGUGCGGAUCCGGAUGCACUGGUGAAGGCGGAUGCUUGGGAUCCGGAAAUCACGGCGCAGGGUGUCGUGGAGCUGCUGGAUGAUACCUACAACGACGUUGAGAUUCGCGGCUUGAAGGAUUUACUGCACAAUCUGCAGAAGAAGAGCGGUAAGCAGAGAGCAGCAGGACAAUGA